AUGCCCGCGCCUUUUGCUCCUUGUACUAUUUGCGGCACUACAACGGACAAGAGAUGCAGUUUGCCAAGCCGCCCAUUACUGUUCGAAGAAGUGCCAGGGAGAAGACUGGCCCCUGCACAGGUUGCCUUGCGGAUUACAACUGAAGUAGGGGACGAGGAAGGGCUCAGCGUUCCCCCUAGAAAUCUUGUUGUACUGUACUGCACGCAAGACGAACAGCCACAAGUGGACGAUUGCGACAUUUACACCAAUCACGACAUUACACUUGGGGAUCUCCGAUCAGCAUUCGAGUUCAUCUCUCAAGACAACAAUACUUUCGAAGACGAGAAGCCAAAUACUUACUGUCUUCGCAAGUCAGAAUGGGUCAAGGCUGUGAAAAUAAGCGCCCGUAAGGAAAUGAAAAUCGGCGGGGUUAAGCAAUACCGUGAUAUAGAAAUCCCUCAGAAUCACUUUAUAUUCUCACGACUCGGCGACAUUUUUUUGAUAGCAAGGCACAUGAGGUUUGGGCUUCUUUUGGGGCUUCUGGAUGGACUCUGGACGGAAGUGACAGCAGACGUGGGAUUGAUUGUGGCGCGAGACAACAAGGAGGUGCUUACGUUCCACCAUGUCGAGGCACUGAUCCUCUUCACCCAAGAUGAGUUGAUGGUACCGCUGAAACAACUGCUUAAAGCUGAAGCCCAGGGGGCUAGGCUAUCCAAGAUUCCAAUGAACCAAGCAAAGUGGAACAACCACACGAAGUGUACAAAAACGACUUUCACCGUUAGCAAAUGGAGGAACGAACGGUUUAUCAAGGAGUAUUUCCUGUUUGGGAAGUUUGAGGAAUUCCCUAAGAAGCUCCAGGAGAAGAAACGGGCAAAAGCAGAUGCGGCUUGGGCUGAUGCUGUUCCACCACCGCGUAGCAACUUGGUGCGGGCGAAAGGACCCAAACCGUCAAGUCAGGUGCAUAGUCAGAAGGAAGGAUCAAACAGCGGGGGCGUCCAGCAAAGAGACAGAGGGAUGCACCCGACUCUACUUGGUGUUAGGGGACAUGUGAUCGGAGCUAAAUAUCGAGUCGCCUACAAAGGCACCGCGCCUUCGACCCCACUCCCUUCCUCCUGCUCUCGACAACCACAACCUCAGCAAAACUCUGGGCGCUCUCCGGGAUCUCUCCAGAAUAACCAGAGCAUCUGUGGCAAGGACCAGGCGAAUAAAUGCACACGAUGCAAGGCAGCGGCAUACUGUUCCGCCGAGUGCCAGAAGAAUGACUUCCCUCUUCACAAGCUGCUCUGUAGUAAAUACCAGGCAUUUCUCGCAACACGACCAAUUCCCAAGGAUGAGGACAAGGAGCCCGAUGAUGUUAUGCCAGUCAUUUACAAAGCUGCCAUCCUCUUUCCCGUGGAUUCCAACAAUCCCCAGCUGAUCUGGCUGAAGAUCCACGUCCUCUCUGAGUUCGACCCGGAGUAUAAUGAUGUAGAAUACCCAGAGUACAAUCACUUGGAGGAUGUGCAAAAGGGUCUACCCAAGUGCAUGGAGUUCGGCAGAGGAAUGAGUCACAAGCAGGGUGGACAGCAUCUGAAGAUCUACAUGGGAGACAAGGCUCUCAUGGAAUGCCCUUUGACCAAAUCCUUCCUCACAUUGAACGCAGGUUAUGGCUCUGCCGAACAUAACUCGAUUGCUGCCGCCCCUUGGGCUGGCAAUCUUGUCGUCGUCAACAUUACGGAAUCGAUAGUGAAGCAUCCAACGGAGCCAGAAAUGUAUGACCCGGAGAUCAAGGAGAAUCAUAAUGAUGUCAGCCUCUCCGACUUGCGUUAUUCAUUCGAUUGUCUCUCCCGAAAUAACUACAUCUUCGAGUCCGACAAGCAAAAUCCGUACUAUAUUCGUAAGCCGGGACGCUGGUUCAAGGCUGUCAAGAUUUGCUGCGAUGGAGAGAUGAAGUUUGAGGGCAAAAAGAAGUUCACUGAAGUCACCAUAUCUCGCUCUCACCCAGUUUUCUUACAGAACAGCGGCAUAUCGGGCAUUUCGAAGUACUUGGGCUUUCCUCUUCUCUUGAAGCGAAUCCCACCCAACCCAAAUUGGAACGAGAAGAUGACCCAACUGCCGAGAAAUGAACAGUUCAGCCUGUAUGAGAACCCGGGCGCUGUCUCCUUGAUGAUCGAUGUUAAGGUCGCAAGCAAGCAUUGGAAGUAUGCACCCAAGAUCUGGGACAGGGGAGAAGAUCCAACGGUUUUGGUUGCCCGAAAAGACAUGAAAGAUCUUACUGCAAACCAGGUCGAGGUGUUGACCAGCUACUGUCAGCAUGUGGUCUCCUGGAAUAUGGGUGUCGUCAUGGAGCAGGAGAUGUGUGGUGGUGAAGAUAAUGUCUAUUGGGUGGUCGACGAAGAAACCGGAGAGCCUAGCAUCCCCACCGAUAGAACUAGGCAGAAGUUCAUCGAUGAUUACCUGCUCUCCGACAAGUUUGCUAACUACUUCGAGGAAUCCAAGCAGAAUAAGAUUUCGGAAGGAGAUGCUGCUUGGGCUGACGCCACUCUUCCUCCCAAGGGUUCGGUUCCUGACAAGAUUGAGGAAGAGCGACAUGAGGCAAUGCUAAGCAUGAUGGGAAUGAUUUGA